CUGCCGACCCUCCUGGGGUCGCCGGGUGUGUGCUGGUCAGGCCAUUUCCAUGGCCGGAGACCUCAGACCUGGUUCCGGAAAGGGCUGGGAAGAGGCGAAGGCGACGUGGAUAGAAAUGGCCUCCAACCCUAAUAGCAUCUAAGAGCGAUGGCCUCCAACCUAGUAUAUAGCUUCUUGCUACUACUAUAAGUAAUGACCUCCAACCUAAUAGCGAUGGCCUCCCAAUGUUGAAAACCGGUUUCGGGCGGAUAGAAUUCAGCUCUUCAUGACGUCCACUGGCUCCAGCAAACUUCAAAGGCCUCGGAAUUUGCAUGGAUGCUUCCUCCACCCAGCGGGUUGCUGCUUUUCCAGCGAACUGGAAGCAAGCGCUUUGUGUUUUGCAAGGAUCACAACAGGUGCGUGAUUGGGAUUCUGCCAGUAGUAGCUGUGCGAAAGCCAAAGAGUGGGGCCUGGCCCUUGAGUUGCUGAAAGCGGUCUAUCAGCGAGCCACGCAGAGCUGCAGCACUCGCAACAUCCUGAUCUUAGCCUUUGAGAAAGGACAACAAUGGCCCAAGGCUUGCCAACUUCUCUCCAAAGAUGUCGACAUCAUCUCCUACAACACCAUCAUCUCUCACACCUCCCACAUCUCUCAUCCCUCCCAUCCUUUCCAUCCUUUCCACUGGUCUUGCUGCUUGCUCCUCCUCCAAAGCCUCCAGACGAAGCGUCUCCGUCCCACCCGCAUCACCCUCAACGCCGCCGCCCGCGCCGCUUCAGCGCGCUGGCGCGGGGCCCUGGAGCUGCUGACGCCGCUCCUGGGAAGCUCCGGCGCCUCGGUGGUCAGCUACGGCACGGCGGUGGCAAGCCUUCCGGCGGACCAGUGGAGGACGGCCAUUGGCUUGUUGCGUGACAUGGAGAAGCGGUCGAUGCAGAGCAAUGUGGUGGUUCACACAGCGGCCAUCAGCGUUUGUGAGAAGGCCGAGCAGUGGCAGGUUGCCUUGGUGCUUUUGGAGUCGACCCAGCACUCCGCGAAUUUGAUCACCUACAGUUCUGCCAUCAGUGCUUGUGUGAGUGGCACGCAAUGGGAACGAGCUGUGCUUCUCCAUUCCGAGCUUCAACGGCGAGACCUCCAGCCCAACCAAGUGAGCCUCACAUCGCUCAUGCAAGCCUAUGUUCGAGGGCGUCGUUGGAUCGAAGCGAUGCAGUGUUUCAAGUCGAACUCCGACUGGGUGGCUCUCUCGGCCGCCAUGGAUGUGGCGGCCAAGACCCAGCGAUGGUCACAGGUCCUGGCACUCUGGAGAUCGUUUCACCAUAUGCGUGUGGGUCUGACACUGUGUGAUGUUGCCAUAGAUGCAUGCUCGGGCAGCACCCAGUGGAAAGAGGCCUUGGAGCUCUUUGGAGAGCUUGAAUCUAAGGCAAGUCGGAUGAGCCUCUUGUCAUAUUGCGCUGCAGUCGGUGCUUGUGAGAAGGCUGAUCCAACAGCAUCCAAUCUGGCGGCAAUUGUGCCAAAUCUCUCCGAAGCAUGCGGUCAAUACUUGCUGAGCCAGCGACGUGGGAGAAACAGACCUCUUUGGUUUCGGUCUUUACUUUCCAAACACUGCAGUGUUUCCCCAUACCUGGAUCUUCCAAGAAGGCAAAAUUACAGCCUUUUGGGCGAAAAUUCUGCAUAUAGUUGGAAGAUCCUGGUAUUUCCUCAUGCACGUACUUGUAGGGUCAGAUAUAUAAGUGGUUACCCCACACGAAGCCUGCACCUGCAUCUCGCACCGCCCAAUCUGAGCAUGUUCUUCCACCAAACAAGCCAUGCAAUGCUUCGACUCAGAACUGGUCACGUUUGGCACUUCCAGGUUCAAUUUGGACUUCAGAGGCACGCGGUGCCUAGACCGGUCUAGAGUCGUUGGACCGGUGAAAUGUGUGACGUCCGCAGCAGUCGUUGGACUUGUAGAAUCCAUGAGGUCGAUUUGUUGGAAGUGACUCAAGGAUAUAUUGGUGUGCAUAAGACAUCGGAUCAUUACGGAUUGGUGCAAGCUUGCCGGAUUCAGAACCACAUUGACAGGCUGGUGGCUUGCCACCCACUUGUGGCUCCUCUUUCUUCACACUGGCAGGUCUUGUCUUGUGGGAUUGUCUUGUCUUUGCCGGCAUCCUGGUGCGACAGCCAGUGCGGGGCGGUGGGUUCAGUCAUGUAGACGCUUGAUUGAUUAGACCCCCUCAAGUUGAGUUGUAAAACACUAAUUAAUCAAGGUCAAGGUCUACAUUACUCCAGUUCACCCCAAUACCCAUCAAGAUAAGAGUAUGGCGCCAUAACAUGUAGACAAGGCUCCCGGUUGGAUCGGAGAGCCCUGAUCGGCCGUGUGAAUGGUGGCCUGAAUCGGGCGGAACAUCAUGCACGGGGCGAUCUGAAACUACCCCUUCAGUAGCGACCUUGCUCCUAGUAGCGAUGCCCUUUGUGCCUUCGUUGUUUACUUUUAUGUAACACAGCUUUUGGGCUCCACUCGCUGUUGCACGCAGCAAAGUAUCCCGUCCUUCCCUUGGAAUCAUGGCACGUUCUUCGUGGAAAGUCUUGAGCGUGGCUGCUGCGCUGAUCGCGUUGUACAACUUUUGCAACAGC